UUGGUAGAAGCAAUCUGGAACUGGCAUAAUACAAUCCUGAGUCAUAUGAGGAGGUAUGGGAUCUUUUCAAAGCAUCUUCUGGGGAGCAAAGGGUGCAGGAGAAGCCAACAACGGAUUGAAUGAACCCAACUCUAAACAAAGCCCUGAAGUCAAGAAGAUCAAGAGGAAACACGAGUCUGAAGCCCCCAAAACAUCAGCACCCAGGGCACCAGCCCGCGCACCCAGUUCAUCAUCUCGGCUCUCUUUGGGUUUCCAACCGAUGCCUGCAAAAGUGCCCCGUUAUGAUGAAGGAAUCUCUAUGCCCCCAAUACAUCUUCAUUUGGAGAUUGUCCAAAGUAGUCCUCAACACUUGCAUUCUCCACAGCUGCAAGUCACCAGUGUCCAAACGAAUCCCCUCCGUCUCUGUGAUUCAGCAGCACAAACAUUGAUAUCAUCAGGUUUUGCAGAUGAAUCUUUUGAAGAUAUAAUGAAGGAGAAAGAAAAGGAGAGAAAGAUUGGAGGUGAUACAGAAAUGGAAGAAAACCUGGAGAAGCAGGAUCACAUCAAGACCCCAUCACCUUCUCAGGGUCAAGUGAAGCAAGUGCUCAUUUAUGCUAUUUUACAGUCUGCUCCAAGCAGGGUGAAGGAGAAGAUAGUGCUCCUCUGUUCUGCUCUCACAGAAAAGGAUCAACAGAUGGUGGAAAAGUUUGCCAGAUUGAUUGGUGCUGGAAUUGUGCAAAGCUUCAAUCCUCAAGUGACUCAUUUGAUAGUGUACCAAAACAUGAAGGUCACAAUGAAGUUUCUCUAUGGCAUCUGUCAUCGAAAGUGGAUCGUCGACUUCUCCUGGGUGCAAAAGUCCUUGAAUGCCAAGAUGUGCUUGCCUGAGGACGAUUUUGAGGCCACCUAUGCAAAUCAUGAGAUGGGUCCACACAGAGCUAGGACGGGUUCUCCACCUCCAUUUGAGAAUGUCCAGGUUGCAUGCCUAGAACCUCUGAGGAAUAUUUCACGGCAGAUCAUGGAGGAAAUGAUCACCCUUUGUGGAGGCUUGGUGGUAUCUAGUCCAGAUCAUUUUGUUCCUGGUCGUAAGAUUGCUGUUAUCCUGGGAGUGAACAGUGUAGAUGUAGACUAUGAAGCAUUGGCUGUAGAGUACCCACAUGCCCUGAUUCUUGAUCAACGGUGGGCUGUGAGGACCAUCGGCUCAUAUAACAUUGUUCCGAUCGAGGACUAUGUCAUUUCCUUGCGACUGUCAGACCGACUUGCUGUCAUGGAUCUGGAUCUACCAAAGGGAUACCUCAAAAGCAGCCAUGGCAAGAAUUCAUUCCACUGA